UUGACUAAUACUCACCCACCAGUAACACUUGCAAAAGGAAGAAACAAAAGUGAAAUAGAAGAGGACAGACAACAUGGAGCUUUUCAUCAUCUUCAUCUUCGUCCCUAUCUUCAUCUUCUUCAUCAUCCCAAGACAAUCUUCUUCAGACACAGGUUUCAAGUCGUACCCUAUUGUCGGAAGCAUACCUGGACUUGUGAAAAACCGUCACCGUUUCCUCGACUGGACUGUAGAGACUCUGUCUCGAUGCCCGACACAGACGGCGGUUUUCCGGCGACCAGGGAAGCAACAGUUCGUCAUGACGGCGAAUCCUGCCAACGUAGAGUACAUGCUCAAGACGAAGUUCGAUAAUUUCCCUAAAGGAGAGCGGUUCAUCGAGAUUCUUGAGGAUUUUCUCGGCCGCGGGAUUUUCAACUCCGAGGGCGAGAUGUGGUGGAAACAGAGGAAGACGGCGCGCCACGAGUUCAGUACUAAGUCUCUUCGUGACUUCGUCAUGACAAACGUCACACUCGAAAUCAACACCAGGCUUGUUCCGGUGUUAGCAGCUGCAGCGGCCACCGGAAAAUUGUUAAACCUGGACGACGUAUUAGAAAGAUUCACAUUCGAUAACAUAUGCAAGUUAGCAUUCAACGUCGACUCCGCUUGCCUCGGAGACGACAAAGCCGCCGGUGUAGAGUUCAUGAGGGCCUUUGAUACGGCGUCCAAGAUCAUCUCGCAACGGUUUCAAUCAGCGUUUUCGUAUACAUGGAAGAUCAAAAAGAAACUAAACAUUGGAUCAGAGAGACUUCUUAGAGAAUCAAUCGUGACCGUCCAUAAAUUCGCAGACGAUAUCGUGCGUCACAAGAUUGAUCAAAGUAACAACAACAACAACAAGAACGAUGAUUUGCUUUCAAGAUUCAUCAGCACCGAGGAGCUGAACUCGCCGGAGAAACUACGUGACAAUGUCAUUGGUUUCAUCCUCGCGGGACGAGACACAACCUCCUCCGCUUUGAGCUGGUUCUUCUGGUUACUCUCGAAGCAUCCACAUGUAGAGAACAAGAUCAGACAAGAGCUGAACUCGAUCCGAGCAAGAACAGGGGAAGCUUAUGGGUUUGAAGAUCUUAAACUGAUGAACUACCUGCACGCAGCGAUAACCGAGUCACUAAGGCUGUAUCCGCCUAUACCGUUAGACACUAUGAGUUGUCUUGAGGACAGUGUAUUGCCUGAUGGGACGUUUGUAGGGAAAGCUUGGGGAAUAAGUUAUAACGCGUACGCGAUGGGGAGGAUGGAGAGUAUUUGGGGUAAAGAUUGUGAUCGGUUUGAUCCAGAGAGGUGGAUUGAUGAAACAAAUGGUGGGUUUAGAGGUGAGAGUCCUUACAAGUUUCCAGUGUUUCAUGCAGGACCAAGGAUGUGUUUAGGUAAGGAGAUGGCUUAUAUUCAGAUGAAAUCUAUAGUUUCUGCGGUGCUGGAUAGGUUUGUUGUCGAGGUCCCAGGGAAGAAUGAGCGUCCUGAGAUUUUAUUGUCUGUGACGAUUAGAAUCAAAGGUGGUUUAUUUGUUAGGGUACAUGAAAGAAGCUGAGUUACUUGUUUGACAAGUUAAACUGUGGUUUUCUCUUUGAUGAAACUUUAUAAAAAUGUGGCUUUAUAAUCGGUAUUCUAUAAUGUGGACUUUAUAAUACUGUGGUAAUCAAUAUUCAUGCUGAGUA